AUGCCACGACAAGCGCAAGAUCUCAUAGACAGGAUGAAAAAUAAGGGAAUAAGAAUGGCGGAAGAUUGGAAACUAAUAACGAUAUUUAUCGGAACGAAUGACCUCGGAAAACUGCUAUGUGUAAAUCGUGAAACAACGUCACGUGAAGAGUACAAGUCAAAAAUCGAAGAAGCGAUUUCUCUUCUACGAAGUAAUACGAAGCGUACGAUUGUUUCAAUUGUCUCAAUAUGGAACUCACAACUAAUUUACGAUGCGGCAUCACUCAUUGCUAGUGGGACAAGAAUGCAGUGCGGUGAUGACAAUCUGAAGAAACGCGAUGCAUUAACAGAAGAAUACAGAAAGGUGAGUACUACAGAGAGGCCAGAUCCAACCUAG